AUGACGCACGAUAUGUCAUCGCGCAUCGAGUACUCUGAAAAGUAUGUCGAUGAUACACACGAGUACAGACACGUAAUUUUGCCCAAAGAGAUGCAGCGGAACCUGCCAGAUCGUUUACUGACCGAGACUGAGUGGCGUCAAUUGGGCGUCCAGCAGAGUCGCGGUUGGGUGCAUUACGCUAUUCACAAACCAGAGCCGCAUAUAUUAUUAUUUCGACGUCCAUUGGGCACGGACCCUACGACUGGCCGCGUUAACUUAGAAAUGGAAAAGCAAGCAAAGGAAAAAUACGCCAAGGAAUUUAAUUGA